CUCUCUCUCUAGCAUCAAAGUUUGGAUUCUCUCUCUCUAAAAGAGAGAAGAAAGAAAGAAAAAAGAAAAAAGAUUUGGUAGGAAUAAUAAUGGGAAGGCAGCCAUGUUGUGAGAAGGUAGGGCUGAAGAAGGGGCCAUGGACAAGUGAGGAAGACAAGAAGCUCAUAAACUUCAUCCUCACCAAUGGGCAGUGCUGUUGGAGGGCUGUCCCUAAACUUGCAGGCCUCUUGAGAUGCGGUAAAAGUUGCAGGCUCCGAUGGACCAAUUACCUUAGACCCGACCUCAAAAGAGGUCUUCUCUCUGAUUUUGAGGAGAAAAGGGUCAUUGACCUCCAUGCUCAACUUGGUAACAGAUGGUCCAAGAUUGCUUCACAGCUCCCGGGAAGAACUGACAAUGAAAUCAAGAACCAUUGGAACACCCACAUUAAGAAGAAGUUAAGAAAAAUGGGCAUCGACCCUCAAACUCACAAACCAAUCUCAAUCCCAACUGAUCAAUUUCAACCCCAUCACCAACGUCAUCCCGUCACCGAGCCAUCAUUGGACUCGUUGACCGUCGCCGAAGUCGAAGAGGUACAAGAAACAACUUCCACAACUAUCAUCGAGCCCCAAAUAACUCUAGAUCCUUGCAUGCCUUCUUCAUCAAGUACUUCUUCAUCGUCUUCGUCUUCGUCUUCCUCUUCCUCGAACACAAAUCCUAUCGAGUUUGACGAUCUGGAGUUCUCGGAUUUCGAGUGGGUUAAUAGCAAUGAUGCGAGUAAUAACGGUAUCGAGAUCGGAUUUUGGGAAGAUGAUUUUAGUAGUUGGGACUUCUUGGUGGGUCAUGAGGAUGGUGAAGUGCCAAUUUUCCAAGAAUCUUGGACUUGUGGAUCGCUGUGAUCUGGGACAAUAUUCUUGUCAAUGUGUUGCGUUUCUUUCAAGUAAAAUGUGUUUGGUCAAAGAGAAUAAAAUUUAAAAAAAAAAAAAUCAAGCCUAUUCAAAUUUGUUAUUUGUCAAACGAGUUUGAGUAUAGCUCGUCAAGACACAACUAAGUUCAAAUUCCAACCUUUACAUGUUGUACUAAAAUAUAUUAUUGUCAAAGAAAACAAUUGAAAUAA